AUGGAAUCGCCCUCACUCGACACACUCUGCACUACAUGUUUACAAGAUCUCUAUCAUUACAAGUUUGGAAGAUCUUGUGAAGACAUCGAGAAAGAGGAAAACUAUGAGACACUGUCUUUGAGCACAAAUGAGUUGAAUUCUAGAAUCCAUCGGGAUUACUGUAGACAUGGAAAGUGUAUUUUGAAAUUCGAGAACUCAUGGAAAUGGAUUAUAAAAGAUGCAGCAGUCAAGAACGCUUUUGAUAUGAUGAAUACGGCUAUUCGAAUGGUGGAAGGACACGUGGAUUGCAAGUUGAGAAGGGACAGAAUGGAUUGUACAAUUAGAGCAUUGGAAAGGAUUCAGGAAAAUAAGGAAAUUGGGAUGAGGACGCAAGGGGCCGGGUUUGAAGAGGAUAUCGCUGGGAAGAUGCAGAGAGCGGACAGGUUGCUGAAGAGUUUGAAGGCGCAGUGGGCGGAGUUUCGAUUUGGAAUUCAACUCGAUGGUUCUAGCUCAACUCCUUUCGGAAUCCAGUGCUCCUGCACCAAAAUCCAUGAACACUAUGUGGAGAUAUUCCUUGAACUGCCUUUACAAGAACAGUUUGGAGACAAAUAUGAUACUGUUGGAAAUGAGUUCAGAGAGAUAGCCAACUACAAACUCGACGAGAUUAUUUCUGAGUGUCCAGUGAACUUCCAGCGUGGAUUUGAAGUUCCUAGGAUUGUGGAUGUCUAUGGGAAGAUUGUUACAUUGCAGUGA